AUGGCGUCCUAUCACACUAUAUUGGACGAGCUGACCAAAAGCAUUCUUCCAAAAUCUUCAAUUGAACAAAUCAUAGAAGAACUUGUUUAUGAGUGUCGACAUUGUCUUGAAAAUAGUGAUAUUUCUAUGCUUCCCAAUGGUGUAAUUCAAAGAACAGUAUAUUACGAUUUUUACCAAUCUUGCCGCUCUAGCGUUCCAAUCUUAGCUAUUGAUUUUGGAGGCACGAAAUUAAAAUUUGCUGUUAUCACCAUGCCCGAAUGUAUUCUUCAGUAUCAAGAUGAAUUUAAUCUCGAAUCAGGCCAGGUCGAUCUGAAAUUUUUUGAUGCUAUAAUUAGACGAAUAUAUCUGAGCUUGUUUGAAUUUCUGAGAAAUGGCAAAUGUGCUGAACCCAUUACUGUUUCGGUGACAUUCAGUUUCCCAUUAACCGCUGAAAAUGAAAUUGUAACCAUGGGUAAAGGCUUCCACAUGUCCGAGGAAGUCAAGGGUCUCAAUGUUCUAAGUAUCAUAGACGCUUCCUUUCAAAGAAUUUUCGAAGAGUUUGAUGAGCCGUUAUUCACCGUCGAAAUGGGUGAAAUAGUUAAUGAUUCAGUAGCCGUGUAUCUCACUCACAGAAUAAAGAACAAAGAAAGUAGUAUUGCCUUGGUAGUGGGAACGGGGCUCAAUGCUUGUUUUGAAUUACCUUCAUCGCGUUUACCAUCGAAGAAAAGGCCAAAGAACGAUAAUGAAUUCACAUGUCUAAAUACAAUGAUUAAUGCUGAGGCAGGAUUCCUCGGCAAAAAAACGGUUAAUAUAACUCAAUUCGAUAUUGUUGACAAUCCAGAUUGCGAUAUGCCAUUAGAAUAUGUAACAUCGGGGAAAUGGUUACCGCAAGCAUUGCAGAGAAUUUUGAAACACUAUAAUAUUCUAGGUCCGGAGUUGGAUUUUAUUGACGGUCGCUGGAUGAUUGACAUAAUUGAAGGCAACCAAGUUUUUGAACGUCUUCAGAUUGAAGUAUCCACCAUACUACUGAUUCGUGAAAUCGGUAAAAUCCUUCUAAAAAGAGCCGCCUUUUAUCUUGUCGCGACGCUAAUUUCUAUAUCUCGACUAAUCCAACAGCCACUAAGUGAUACAUUAGAGGUCGGGUAUGUGGGUAGUUUCUUGGCGCACUCUUCCUACUAUAAAGGGCAAAUUCGUAAAUACUCUAAUGAUCUCAUCAAGCUACGUUUUUUAGCGGACAGCAAUUUAAUUGGUAGCGCCAUUAAAACUUAUCUAAAAGUCUUUUCUAUAAAAACGGAGGCAUGUACUGACAAAUAG